GGAUGCCAGUACCCUAAAAUUCCGAAUGGGACCCUAGUGGGGAACAUGUUUUCAAUUGGAAGUACACAAACAAUUAAUUGUGACACUGGUUUCGUUAUCCAUGGCAAUGAUACAAUUAAAUGUAUGGAGAACGGAACAUGGUUUUCAUUGCCAAAAUGUUUGAAAGUACGAGAAUGUACGGAGUUGAAGAUACCUAAUGCUACUGUAACGGUGAAUACAACGCAUGCUAGUGUGACGUGUGUUACCGGCUUUGUAUCCAACAAGACGAAAGACUUCAACCAAAUCAUAACGACAGAAACAUUUAAAUGUGACGAACAAGGAAACUGGUCUCCAAAUAUGGAAUGUACUCACUAUAACAAUAUAAAGAAUGUUGCCUUGCACAAAAACGUUACACACAAUUCAACAUUUGAAUGUAAAGAUGCCGGAAUUGCUACAGAUGGGAAAUGGGAUUGUAAAAAGUACCGUGGCGAUCACUGCUCUCAAAGAUCACCAAUAAAAACGUACAACGCUUGGUGGGAAGUCGAUUUAUGUAAUUUUUAUUCUGUCAAAAGGGUUUCCAUAUUAGAUAAAGACGAUCAGUUCGGGACACCAGGCUCCUAUAAGGUCUUUGUUGGAAACAAAACAAAUCCUAUGAUACCUUGCAAAUACCCGAUGGAAGUGCAUGGCGAUACUAUUUCAUGCACCUGCAAUUCUAUUGUAGGACGAAACGUCAAAGUAGAAAAUCAAAAUAAUCGUCACCUCACCCUAUGUGAAGUUGGUGUUUAUGAAGACUAACACAAUGGAAACUGAUAAUGAAACUGAAGGUAUAUUUUGAGAAAAAUAAAAAAGAGUUCUAAAGAAUGUG